UCCCAGAUGAUCCCUCCCCGAAGCUGCCACCGCCUCCUCCAUCUCCUGGAGCUGGAGCCACCUCCUCGGCCAGUGGCGUAGCCGGACUCUGCGUCGGGGCCAGCCAGAUAGGGGCGGAGGUCCUGAACCCGGUCUCGAGUCGAGCGGGGGGCCAUGGAGAAAGCGGCCCGAGGCGCUCUCCACACCGACUAACGCGGGCCCGUUGCGGCUGCAGGCGCCAUGGACCGAGCCCCCGCUGACCAGAAUGUCAAGCUGUCAGCUGAGGUAGAGCCAUUUAUUCCUCAGAAGAAAAAUCCUGAUACAUUUAUGAUCCCUAUGGCACUUCCAAAUGAUAAUGGAAAUGUUUCUGGUGUAGAACCAACUCCAAUUCCAAGCUACCUGAUUACUUGUUAUCCAUUUGUGCAGGAAAACCAGUCCAAUAGACAGUUUCCAUUGUAUAACAAUGAUAUGCGAUGGCAACAGCCCAAUCCAAAUCCUGCUGGACCAUACCUUGCCUACCCCAUUAUAUCUGCUCAGCCACCUGUUUCUACAGAGUAUACAUAUUAUCAGCUGAUGCCAGCACCAUGUGCCCAAGUUAUGGGAUUCUAUCAUCCUUUUCCUACACCUUACUCCAACACCUUUCAGGCUGCAAAUACUGUAAAUACCAUAACCACAGAAUGCCCUGAGCGUCCAAAUCAGCUUGGACAAGUCUUCCCAUUGUCUAGUCAUCGAAGCAGAAAUGGUAACAGAGGACCAGUUGUACCAAAACAACAGCUUUUACAACAGCACAUAAAAAGCAAAAGGCCACUGGUGAAAAACGUAGCUACUCAGAAAGAGACAAAUGCAGCAGGUCCUGAUAAUCGAUCAAAAAUUGUGCUUCUGGUAGAUGCUUCACAGCAAACUGAUUUCCCGUCAGAUAUUGCUAACAAAUCUCUCUCGGAGAGCUCUGCCACAAUGCUCUGGAAGUCCAAAGGCAGGAGGAGAAGAGCAUCCCAUCCCACUGCCGAAUCCUCUAGUGAGCAGGGGGCUAGUGAAGCCGACAUUGACAGUGAUAGUGGCUACUGCAGUCCCAAACACAGUAACAACCAGCCUGCUGCAGGGGCUUUGAGAAAUCCGGAUUCUAGCACCAUGAAUCAUGCGGAAUCAUCUAUAUGUACAGGUGGUGUAAAUUGGUCCAAUGUAACUUGCCAGGCAACUCAGAAAAAACCUUGGAUGGAAAAAAAUCAGACAUUUUCUAGAGGUGGAAGGCAGACUGAACAAAGAAAUAAUUCACAGGUUGGAUUCAGAUGCCGAGGACAUAGUACUUCCUCAGAAAGAAGACAGAAUUUGCAAAAGAGACAAGAUAAUAAGCAGUUAAACACCAGUCAAUCUCAUAGAGGCGACUCAAAUUCUGAGUCUUUAUAUUUUGAGGAUGAAGAUGGAUUUCGAGAGCUAAACGAGAAUGGAAAUGCUAAAGACGAUACUAUUCAACAGAAACUUUCUUCAAAAGUAUUGGAUGAUUUACCUGAAAACUCACCAAUCAAUAUAGUGCAGACUCCAAUUCCCAUUACAACUUCCGUUCCUAAACGUGCAAAAAGUCAGAAGAAGAAAGCUUUAGCAGCAGCCCUUGCCACGGCUCAAGAAUAUUCAGAAAUAAGUAUGGAGCAAAAAAAACUACAGGAAGCUUUAUCAAAGGCAGCUGGAAAAAAGAAUAAAACACCUGUGCAGCUAGAUUUGGGGGACAUGUUAGCAGCUCUGGAAAAACAACAACAAGCGAUGAAAGCACGGCAGAUUACUAAUACCAGACCUCUGUCAUAUACAGUGGUCACUGCAGCUUCUUUUCACACUAAAGACUCUACUAACAGAAAACCCUUAACCAAAAGUCAGCCAUGUUUGACAUCCUUUAAUUCUUUGGACAUUACUUCCUCUAAAGCAAAGAAAGGAAAAGAGAAGGAAAUUGCUAAACUAAAACGACCCACAGCACUUAAAAAGGUUAUUUUGAAAGAAAGAGAGGAAAAGAAGGGCCGUUUAACUGUGGACCACAACCUUUUGGGAUCUGAGGAACCAAUAGAAAUGCACUUAGAUUUUAUUGAUGAUUUGCCACAGGAGAUUGUUUCCCAGGAAGAUACUGGACUGAGCAUGCCCAGUGAUACUUCACUCUCUCCAGCAAGUCAGAAUUCUCCAUACUGUAUGACACCUGUGUCACAAGGCUCUCCGGCUAGUUCUGGGAUAGGCAGUCCGAUGGCAUCUUCUACAAUAACCAAAAUCCACAGCAAAAGAUUUAGAGAGUACUGCAAUCAGGUUCUUUGUAAAGAGAUUGAUGAAUGUGUGACUCUUCUUCUUCAAGAGCUUGUCAGUUUUCAGGAACGCAUCUACCAAAAAGAUCCUGUAAGAGCAAAAGCAAGGAGACGACUGGUUAUGGGUCUAAGGGAGGUUACUAAGCAUAUGAAGUUAAAUAAGAUCAAGUGUGUUAUAAUUUCUCCAAACUGUGAAAAAAUCCAGUCAAAAGGUGGACUGGAUGAGGCUCUCUAUAAUGUUAUAGCCAUGGCACGGGAACAAGAAAUUCCUUUUGUGUUUGCGCUUGGAAGAAAAGCUCUAGGACGCUGUGUGAACAAGCUGGUUCCUGUUAGUGUAGUGGGAAUCUUCAACUACUUUGGUGCUGAGAGCCUGUUUAAUAAGUUAGUGGAACUUACUGAGGAAGCCAGGAAAGCAUACAAAGAUAUGGUUGCCGCAAUGGAACAAGAGCAAGCUGAGGAGGCCUUAAAGAAUGUGAAGAAGGUGCCGCACCACAUGGGGCACUCUCGGAACCCCUCUGCAGCCAGCGCCAUUUCUUUCUGCAGUGUUAUUUCUGAACCCAUCUCUGAAGUAAAUGAAAAGGAAUAUGAAACAAAUUGGAGAAACAUGGUGGAAACGUCAGAUGGACUAGAAACAUCAGAAAAUGAGAGAGAGGUUUCCUCUAAGCAUAGCACAUCCGAAAAACCCAGUAAACUUCAGUUUGACACAGCCCCUGUGGGUAAGCAGCCGUCAUCACUGGCUGCAGGUGGUACUACCUCAGCUACAAACCCUGGGAAACCAACAGUGAGCGAUAAAGAGGAAGCGAAGCCAGAUGACCUGGAGUGGGCCUCCCAGCAGAGUACAGAGACCGGUUCUUUGGAUGGCAGUUGCCGAGAUCUUUUGAAUUCCUCCAUCACCAGCACCACCAGCACCCUUGUACCUGGCAUGCUCGAAGAAGAAGAUGAUGAAGAGGAGGAGGAGGAGGAGGAUUAUACUCAUGAACCCAUAUCUGUAGAAGUACAGCUCAAUAGUAGAAUUGAGUCUUGGGUCUCUGAGACCCAGAGAACAAUGGAGACUCUUCAGCUUGGAAAAACCCUUAAUGGUUCUGAGGAAGACAAUGCAGAGCAAAGUGGAGAAGAGGAGGCAGAGGCGCCUGAAGUGCCAGAACCAGGGAUAGAUGGUGAGGCCUGGACUACUGACCACCAGGCAGGUCAGGAGCAGCAGAAGAAGCCCAGCAGCUGCAGCUCACGGAACAACGAGCCCUCUGAUCUUAAUUAUACGCCCCCAAGUCUAUAACUCAGGAAAUGUCAUCUGUCUGUCUCCAACUAUGUAAGGGUUGCAGCCAUUAUCUUUUAUGCUUCAUCUCAACAUUUUGCACUGUCCGGUAUUUAAUAUAUGUAUUUAAUUUCUGACAAAUAUUUUUGUAGCUGUCUUUUACUUGUUUUAUUAUAAUCUGUAGCUUAGCUUUUAAUUAGCAUCUAAGUGUCUUUCUAAGAGCUGUGUGGAAAUUCAGAAUUGUUAGAGCUUAUUUUGUUAUGGAAAAUAAUGAUUAAAAAUAGAAGACAACUAGGUUUUAAAAAAGAAAGUAAAUUUGAAAUGCCUCUUUAGAGUCAUUUUGAAAGUUAAAGAUCCAGAUUCUAAGGCUAAGAGCAGUUACCAGUGUUUGCUUCAGGACUGCCUCCUUCACUCUAAUUUGAUCAGAAGUUGUUUGGGCUUCUUUAAAAAAGAAUCGGAGGUAGAUUUGGAAAAUUGAAAAAAAAAAAAAAAAAGCGGAGGGUAACUAAGUUCACAAAUGUUUUGUGUUAAAAAUUGAUGUAACUUUUCUUUGGUCCACAGAUGCUUAUUUCAGAAGCCAUUGAUCAUUGUGAUUAAAGUUGCAGUGGGCUGAAACAGACCCUCCAAUACUUAGGUUAGCAAAGGAACCACCACGAUACAUUGGAGCUGGCCUUACUUGUGGGAAGUGAUAGAUGUUGUCUUUAAUAGUGAAAAGUCACCCACGAUAGGACCUUCUAGGUUCUGUCUCCUAUUUACUUCUUACUUACCUCAGGAAUGCUCUUGUACAUACUCGUAUUUACAUCAAGUUAGGCAGAUUGUGGCAGAUGAAUAACUGUAACCGAUUCUAUGACUGUAGCACUUACGUGUAAACUAUUACAAAACAAAGUCUUAUAUUGGUGUGUUCUCUUGCAUGCUUCUGAUUUGGGACCCUCUAGAUUUGCUAUCUGGAUUUGAUUAGGUAUCCAAACUUGUCCUGAGUGAAAAAUCAUUUCACCUUAAAAAAAAAAAAAUACAUAUUUUGUCCCUAGCCCUGAGCACCUGCCAUGUAACACCCACCAUAGUUACUGAUAGGAGGUCAGGGAAAGGAACUUCACACAACUUAUAACAUAUAUCCUGAUAAUCAAGGCUUGGAAAAGCAAGUAUUGAAGAAGAGAGAAAGUUGUUCUAAUUGUGCUGAAACUAUAAGAUAAUUUAGAGGACACAGAUCUAGGCAGGUAUUAAUUCUUGAUCACUCUUACUUAUCUCUGCCCUUCUCAAGGAAUGUGUAUAUCUGCUUGGGAGAAUUUAAACAUACUGAGCUAAAUGUUUUAUUUGCUGGUCAGUCACCUGGUAGUGACCUCUACAAGUUUAUGUAAUGUUGGGAGAAUUAUAGAUUACCUAUUUUUCUCUCUUCCCUCCAACCUCUUCCCCCAUCCCUAGCUUCCAGCUGACCACACACACACACACACACACACACACACACACACACGGGCACACAGGCGCCAGCAAGAACUCCCACAAGCAGUUACAGAACUGAGGAGGGAGGGGUAUUUUCCCUGCUCUGAUUUCAUGGGGUAGGGCUUUGCCUCACAGAGGCAGGAGAGAAGAAUUGGGCAGGUUUUCUACUGAACUCAUUGAGACUACUGCACUAGUUUUGAUGUUUUAUAAUGCUGGCAUUAAUGCUAGAGAGAUCAGAUUCUUGGGUGAUUAUUUAGUAUCUGUGCAUUGUGAAAGUUUAGGAGCAUUGCUGUAUAGAAAAUGCCAGUGUGUCAACUUUAUUAGUGUGCUAAAAGGGGACGUUAUUGUACUGCCCUGUCUAAACUGUUCUCCAGUGUAGACUUCUUAGGCACAAAGUAUUUAGCACUUAAAGGAACACAGCAUGUAAGGAAUGAAGCCUCUGAAAUAGUAAUCAUGGAUAUAGAUGUGGCAGAUCUUACUGUGUCUUCACAUUUGGGAAGUGUUAGUUGGUUUAAAGAAAUGAUAGAGAUUUUGAACUACUGACAAUCUUAAAAGUGAAUUUAAAAACUUUUCAUACUUUUUAUGGUGUAAAUUUCCUUUGCUCGGUGUCAGUGAUUCAGAUGACUCUUGAUCUUGAGGUAUUGGCUUUUCAAAGGUUUCUUACAUUUUAUAUCUCUUCUGAAUGAGAACUGUCGUUUUACAUUUUUGACAUUUGUAUCAAAAGAGAAGUUGAGGAAAUCUCCAGAACACCAGUAACUUUUAAGUUUACUACAGACUUCAGAAGUGUUCAAUUCUGUGUUCGAUAAAUGCUCUUGCACGUGCAGGAUCUUCUGCCGGCAAACCCAAGGGACCACAGCCUUUUUUAUACAAGACAGGUCACCUCUAGAGGACUACCCAAAAUUUAUUAAAGGAGAUGCUACUGUGUCGAUAGUAUGCUUAAAUAAGUAUUAAUAAUGUCUUUAUAAUUUGUUUCCUUUAGAUAAAUUCUGGAAUUUGUGUAUCCUAUACAGGAGGAGGUGUGAAAAUAGGAAAGUGGGGUUUUUUGUUUUUCGCUUUUUUGUUCAGAACUGGGAGUGGGUGCCUCUUCGGAGACCUAAUGAUAAGAGUAGGGGUUCAUUAUCACAAGAAAUGAAAACCAUAGUGAUUUUUUUUCUUAGUGUGUAGAGGUUGUUUUAUGGCAAUAAUUAAUAUUAGAUUUCUAUUUCAGUACAUAAGUAUAUGAAUUAUAAUAUGAAUUGCACUCCCAGAACUAGAUUUCUGCUUCAGUAGGAUUGUUUGCUGUGAAGAUUACUUCUCAAAAGACAAAUGUUCACACUAGCUUAAUUUUGGUUUAAAUAUGUUUGUAAAUGAUGUAAUAUAUUUCUUUUGACUAAACAUGGGAAAAAUAAUGUGUGUUAUACAUUGAAAAGUUUUUAAAGGCUUUGAUUGGAGGUCAUUUUUGCAGAGAGGGUAUUUUAUAUGCUUCCAGUACUUGGAAAAGAAUUAGUCAAAAGGAAUUCACAUAGUUUAAGUAUUGAAAAAUUAAUAUUCAAAUAAUGUACUUGUCUGAUUUCUUAAUAAGCUGGGGGAGGUGGGUGGGGUGGGUAUCGUAAUGUACAAAUGAGUAGUGAACUCUACAUUCAUUUUUCAACUCUUCAACAUAAAACUGUUAAAUCUUAACACAUUGUUACUUUAAUAUAUGUAUAAAGAAGUAUUACUGUUUGUAAAGCUGCUGUUUGCUUUAAAAAAACAACAAACCUGUCAUUUAAGUAUUUCCUGUACGUUGUGCCAACAGGUUAGAACAUUAACUUAUUCCAUUUAAAAACGUAAUCAUUUUUUGCUUUAAAAUUUUUUCUGUGACAUAAUUUAUUUAAAGACAUCUUCCUCUUCCUUUGCCCCUUCCAGCCUUUAUAAACAUCAAAGAAUCAGCCAAACGGUUUACCUAAGCUGAAAUCUGAAUCUUAAUUAAUGAUAAAAAUUUAAACUUUGUUGGCACAACACACCUUAAAAGUAUUUGUGUUAUUUUGUAAUUUAAUUUCUAAAUAUACCACAUGAGUUUAUAAUUUAAUGUCUUAAUUGUAAUGCUCUAAUAAAAAAAAAAGCAAAAUUAGUGAAUUGUAACAUGAAAAGAUUUUCAUCUUGUUCUUUUGUUGUUUGAAGGAUAAUUGUUAUAUCACAUUUUAGGGGUAAUAACAGCUUUUUUGCACUAUGUAAAUACUAGUUGAGAUUCUUCUGUAACUAAUAAAAUGAUUAUUGAAAUGUA